CAGGAGAUUGUGAAAGGGUCUGAAUGGAUGACAUGACUGCAGGAAACCAUUGCACAGUGACUGAGUUCUUCUUGGCUGGGCUCUCAGAGAAGCCAGAACUCCAGCUGCCCCUCUUCCUCAUCUUCAUAGGAAUCUAUAUGAUCACUGUAGCAGGGAACUUGGGCAUGAUUAUACUGAUUGGGCUCAGUUCCCAUCUGCACACACCCAUGUACUAUUUUCUCAGCAGUCUGUCCUUCAUUGACUUCUGCCAGUCCACAGUUGUUACCCCUAAAAUGCUGGUGAGCUUUGUGACAGAGAAGAACAUCAUCUCCUACCCUGGAUGCAUGACUCAGCUCUACUUCUUCAUCAUUUUUGCAAUUGCAGAGUGUUACAUUUUAGCUGCAAUGGCGUAUGACCGCUACAUUGCCAUCUGUAACCCGUUGCUUUACAAUGUAACUAUGUCUUAUCAAAUUUACAUUUCCUUAAUUUUAGGAGUGUAUAUUAUUGGUGUGAUAUGUGCAUCAGCUCACACAGGCUUCAUGGUUAGAAUUCGAUUCUGCAAAUUAGAUGUGAUCAAUCACUAUUUCUGUGAUCUUCUUCCCCUCUUGAAGCUUGCAUGCUCUAAUACCUAUAUCAAUGAGAUGCUGAUUCUAUUUUUUGGAACUCUGAACAUCUUUGUUCCAAUCAUAACCAUUAUUACUUCCUACGUCUUCAUCAUUGCCAGCAUCCUGCGCCUUCCUUCCACUGACGGCAGGUCCAAAGCCUUCAGUACUUGCAGUUCCCACAUCUUGGCUGUUGCUGUCUUUUUUGGAUCUUUAGCAUUCAUGUACUUACAGCCAUCAUCAGUCAACUCCAUGGACCAAGGGAAAGUGUCCUCUGUGUUCUAUACCAUUGUUGUGCCCAUGCUGAACCCCUUGAUCUAUAGUUUGAGGAAUAAAGAUGUCACCAUUGCCUUGAAAAAAAUAAUUGAAAGAAAAACAUUUACUUAGUUAUAAAUAACGUAAGGAUUAUUUACUAGAGCAAGAUUUUCCAUAACAAAUAGUUUGUAUUGGUAUUACUCAUUUUAAUCUACUUGUUAAUUUUAUUACUCA